AUGAGUCGGAUUAGAAAAAAUGAAUCCUAUACAAGCAGUGAUGAUGAAAUUAUUGAAGCAACUCAUGAAGAAAAUGGUGAAGUAAUGGGUGAAAAUGAAGUGAUCAAGGAGAACAAACAACAGUGGUAUCAGCUAAUUGAUGAUUGGAUUGAAUUAGGGAAUCGUGAAAAUCAAUUCGAAUCUGAAGAAGAUUUCAUUUUUUCUUCUACAGAAUGGAAUCAUGAAUUUAGUUUGGCAGGGCGCACUAUACAUCCUUCUGAUGAUGAAAAAGCGAAGUGGUCUUCGAAUGCUUUAUUUGUUGACGAUUUAGAAUCUUCUUUAUUUUAG